GUGACUGACCCCACAUGUCACUGCAGGCAUGACCCGGCAGCAUCCACUCAGAUAACGUUCACUCGAGCAACAUCGCGACAAGCAGCAAUCAGGAGACAAGGUACACGACGCGCUGGGAAGACCCGAGAACGAUAGACGCAAGAUUGGGAAGGCAUUUAAAGUUGACACACAACACCAACCGACAACCGGUAAUCGACUGCGCGCGCGCAACAAUAUCUCGACCAAUAUUCCACAAACUCUCGUCGAUCACGCAUGAGCAGCUUCGAGUUGCCGGGCAUGACGCGCCCGCGGGGGUCGUCGGGCGCCAGUGAGGACAGCAGCAAUGGGACGGUGCGCGAGCAAGAAUUGGGGAGCAUGUACGACUAUCUAGCAAAAAUAAUAUUAAUAGGGCCGAGCGGGGCGGGCAAAUCCUGUCUGCUACAUCGGUUCGUCAAGGAUGAGUGGCUCGUCGAGUCCUCCGCAACACUAAGCGUCGAGUUCGCAAGCAAGAUCAUCAAGGUUGGCACGGGGGCGCGGAGGAAGAGGAUAAAGCUGCAGCUCUGGGACACGGCAGGGACAGAACGCUUCCGGGCGACAACACACGGAUUCUACCGCAACGCGGCGGGCGCGAUUCUAGUCUACGACGUGACGUCACGCUCGUCAUUCCACAGCCUACAACCAUUCCUCAACGACGCGCGGGCGAUAGCGUCGCGGGAGCUGCCGGUACUGCUGGUCGGGACCAAACUGGACGUGUCGGGCGACCCGCUGAUCGACAUGGGGGUACCGCCACCGACGCCCGGGGGGAGCAUCAGCUCGGCGACGGCGUCGUCGUACGCCAGCACGCCCGCCCUGUCGUCGUCGUACUCGUCCACCUCCACCGUCCACCCGGGCCUGGGCGGCCAGCUGCGCGCCACCGUCGCCCCCGACGGCCGCGCCGUCUCCGCCGUCGAGGCUAGCCGCUGGGCUAGCACCAUGCACAUCCCCGUCACCAUGGAGGUCAGCGCCCGCAGCGGCGACGGCGUCGACGAGGUGUUUGGCCGCCUGGCGAGGAUGAUCCUGACCAAGAUUGAGUUGGGCGAGAUCGACCCCGAUGACCCAGAGAGUGGGAUCCAGUAUGGAGAUGCUGGUGCGAUAUGGAAUGCUGGGACUAGCGACGGGGGGAGUGUCAAGAGCACGAUGACGGCGGAUGACGUGGGCCGGAGGAGGAGGAAGGGGAGAGGGGCCGGGCAAGGGCUGAGGGAGUGGGAAGAGGUGUUCACAUUGACCGCAAGGAGGCGUAAUCGGGGGUGUUGCUGAUGCACCGGAGAGUUGAUGAUACCAUAUUCUUUUACCUAAUACCGGCCGAGCCGGCCCCGGCUGGCUGGGCUGCUGAGCGUAACGGAGGAGGCUCGGUUACUUCGUAGUCGGCAUGUGGGUUCGGCGGGGAACUGGUUUUCUAUUGCAUGGAGUUGGACGGAGAUAGACGGUGUCUUCAGAUACCCGAAUAAUGAGCCCUUCUUCUUUACGCGCUGCUGACGCGGCAGGGUGAUGAAGCUGCGUGGUGGGCGGGU